UCGAAAUAGUUGUUCGCUCGUCGUGCGUUUGACCAAAAUUUUCUUACAUUACACGUUUGUUCCUCCCCGCAGGAAUUGCAAAUUAGUUAGUGCUACGCGUGAAAAGUUGCUUGCCAUCCUACACACGCUCAGUGUCCGUGGCGAAACGUUCUACGCUUCAUUUUCACUUCGUUGCUGCAUUCCCAUUACCAGCUUCCACAGGACUGCCUGGCAAAGCGAACAAUUUUCACAGCUUCUCGGUGCGUUGAGAAAACGGCAGCACGCCUCGAGCACCACCUCGUGACGACCGUAGUGGCGCUUUAUCGGUCGGAAAAUAUGGUCCAUCCGUAUUUCCUACGCGCUUGACGAUUGAGCAUGACAGCCGAAAGUGGUGCUUCUAGCAAAAUAAGGAAACGGAAACGAUGAUGGAGGAACAAAUACGUCCAAGUGCGCACUCUUUCGCUUUCCUGGCGCUGUAGUUUCGCCGUUCGGCGAUAGUUUUUAACAAUUUCGCUCUGUUUCGGUUUACAUUUCCAUCCCUUCGCUACCACUUUUCGCUUCUGCACUGUUCUUAACCAAGCGAUCAACAGCCAGCACCACCAUCCACCCUUACAACACCGUGUCGUAAUCAUUGGGCGAGUGAAAUUUGUGUGCAUAUAAACAAGUUCUAAAAUAUCAUCCGAAAAUCCCCAGCGGUGAGAUAUCUCGGCGCAGCUAGAGCUCGGAACAGUAACAGGAUAGCGGCUGCGAUAGGCCUCACGCUUGUGACCGCGAUAAAGGGCAACGAUUUGCCGACCACACGAAGUGGAAGUGAUUUGUUUUGAAAGGUGCAAUAACAUGAGAGAGAAAAGAACUUUUCAUGUUUCCAACGCAUUUUGCGGAAACAUUUUAAACAGUGAGUUUUGUAACUGGUUGCCCAGUGUGUAAGCACCGAUUCAUUAGCAACAGUCCGCAAUCGAAGAAGCCGGAAGAGCGGUACCGAACCGUGCCAGUCAUAAAAAUCCCCCCCGUGCACAAUGCACGGAACAUAAAACAUCGAUACAACAAGCGCAGAACAAAGUAACCUGCCAGUCUACACCAAGGCGACUGGUGCUACUGGUUACUAGCCGCCAUUUACAAGGAAACUAAAGGAUUUCAACCCAAAUCAGGGAGCCCCAAUGCAACGCAUAAUCAUUGACCAACCUAACCUGCCCCAAGCGUGAACGGUAGGAGUACAACCGAAACCCAGGGAACGUGUACCGAAAAAAAAACCCCCAUCCAUCGGUGUGGGACAUCAGGAAGUGAAUUCGUAGUACGAACCAUAGACGUAGAUUUGCGAUCCCAAACGUAGCGGGAGGCCGAACAGACGCAUUCAAAAUGGGUAACUGCAUCGGCAUCAAUCGGAACGACGAAACACUGGACACCGGAUCGAACAAUGUCUCCCGACCAGUAACGGGGACGACAUCCAGUUUUGUCGGUGUGCAGCGCAAAAAUCAUCCUCUCUGUCACGAGACAAUACGCUGGAAAUCGGAAGUGCCGCUAACGGAGGGGCAGUUGCGCAGCAAACGGGAUGAGUUCUGGGACACAGCUCCCGCCUUCGAGGGCCGCAAGGAGAUCUGGGACGCGCUGCGGGCAGCAACCAGCGCGGCCGAGGCGCUCGACUUUCAGCUCGCGCAAGCAAUACUGGACGGUGCCAACAUUUCGGUCCCCAACGGAUACCUCACGGAGUGCUACGACGAACUUGGUUCACAGUACAAACUCCCGAUCUACUGCUUAUCAUAUCCUGUCAAUAUAGUUAAGGAAGACUAUGGGCGCGACUCGCCUGCCGAAUACUCGGAACCUGUCGAUGGCGGUACGGAAGUGAUCCUUAAGCUUCGCUUGUCGUCGACAUGUACGGAUGUAAAGCUACCAGUUUAUUCUAAAGACACAAUUGGACAAUGUAAAAAGAAACUUCAGGCUCAGGAAGGAAUCGAUGCAUUUACUCAGCGCUGGUUCUACGGUGGUAAAUUGUUAGGUGAUAAAAUGCACAUCGAUGAGGCCCACAUACAGCCCGGAUACAUUGUGCAGGUCAUUGUAAAUACGGAAAAACAAUCGUCCCUUGCCAUCAGCUAGCCGAUGGUGGCGUGGAACGAGCGUUACCUGCGGAUGUAUCUUGCCGCCGGCACGCAUCACCACCCCUUUCCACCACCCGUUGCCGGCGGGGACACAAUGCACGCGAGGCGACAAAGAAAAGCGGCUAACAUGGACGACGGUCGUGGGCGGCGAGUUUUUGCUACCACACCGCAACAGUAGCGACACGCUUGUGAGGCCCCUGGAGAGAGUCCCCUCUCUCCCCUUCGUUGGGGCUACACACGACCGACCUAAACAUAAAUUUCGUUGAUACAUAUAUAUACACAUAAGCGCGAGGCGAAAAAAUGCAACCAAACGACGAACGUUGAAGAGAGUGGAAAUCAAUUCAUACAAUAACCCUGAUCUGGCUCGAUCAGUAUCCUGCGAUUCGCUCCCCCCGCGUACGGACAUGAUGUCCUUUGCCGAAGACGGAUUGAAUGUUAAAGCUACCUUAAACGAUAGAAUGCUUUUGUAUAGACGCGUGAGUCCGAACCCGGACACCGGAACGCUUAUUACCAAUUUUGAGUGUGGGAGAAAGGCCAUGUGGUGGCUGACAUUGGAGUAGACCGUAGCGACAAGACCAUGCGCUGAGCCAUGGUAAAACGAUGCACUUUCGUGUACAUGUAAAUAAAUACAAAUGUGUGUUGGUGUUUAUGCGUGCGUGACAUUGGCAAAAAGGCACACAAAAAGCACUACCCGGUACGUGACUAAUUCAAAAUAAAAGAAAAAAAAUGGAGCGCGAAACCAACAACUGCCCUGGUGCCAUCCACCGGUAGCGGUGCGUCCGUAGGGUGGUUUGAUUGACGAUCAGCAUCAUGUGGGUAGAGUGUAAUGAAAUGAUAUUAACAAAGUUUAAUGUAAGCGAACUGAUAGUUAUUAUUUUUACCGAUAGGCUAAUAUAUUACGGAUAUAUAAACGAGCUAAACAAAAAUAAUAUAUUUCGAGAUAACAGAAGGCUAUUUAAUUUGAA